AUGGCCCCGAGAGGCAAUUUGAACCCUAGAACGGUGGUCGCACCUCUGGCAGCCUUCACGAUGGCCUGUCUCCUCUUCACGUACACGCGGUCGUCCAUCCGUACCGCUAGGGAGCAAGCUGGUGGACAAGCUCUUACCAAGCCUGCACUGCAGCAGCCUAUUCAAAACACCACUGUCAAGUAG